AUUGGUUUCGUUAAGAAAUGGUAAAUCUGACAAUGAAACACAGUGUUGAUCACCAUUAUCAUAUCAUAUUGAUGAAGAUGAAAGAGAAAGAGAGAGACACAAGCAUUCCCAACAACAACACUGUCUCUCCGUGUUUCUCCUCGUAACUACUGAACCCAAAGGUGUUACGCUGAGGCAAAGGAUCAAGAUGCAGUAGUAUAUAAAUUUCGAGGAAAUUAAUUUUCAAUGUUUGAUUAUUGAUUUUGGCUAGUUAGAACACAUUCACAUUACUCAAAAUAAUUAGAAUUUAAAAACAAAGAAACAGGUUUGAAUUCGAUUGAUUAAUGGGUCGUGAGUGUAAGGGAAAGUUAAAUGUGAGAAAACCUCACUUCUAUCACCUCUUUAACCCUUCUUCAACCUCUCAAUCUCUGAGAGUUCCAGAUGGUUUUGUCCAUCAAAUGGAGGGCGCGACAUGCGGAUUAGUUUCAUUAACUGGUCCUAGUGGAAAUACUUGGCAAGUUCGAUUAGUUGAGCAGGACAAUCAUCUGUUCUUCCAUCAUGGAUGGUCAACAUUUGUGGGAGAUCAUCAUUUACAAUAUGGCGACCUUUUGGUUUUCAGAUACGAGGGUCACUUGCAUUUCACCGUGCAAGUAUUUGGUGAGAAUGCAUGCGAGAAAGAAGCUGCAUUUCAUUCUGAGUGCAAUCUAAAUUCAUUAACCUUCAAUAAUAUUGAAGGACAGAAAAGUGAUGCCGAGAUGAUUUCUUCUUUGGAUGUUGUUGGAGAUGUUCAGAAGAAAAUGAGGUGCGACGCCAUUGAGAACCAGGAGCCUGAGUUGGCUAUUGCUGGUAAAAAUCAAUCCAAUUAUGAGUUGGUUAGACCAAUCAGUAUGAUCAGAGAAACAGAAGAAACCUGCAAAGAAUGUUCAGCUAGUGCUGUCCAUGUUCCUUUUCAAACAGGAAAUAGUAAUGAAGUUGAAGAUGCAGCAAUCCUGUAUAGAAGUGGGAAGGAAGAUGACCACAAUAUUCUCAGCGGAGCUUCACUAUCAAAGUUAUCAGCACAUGAUGAGAAAAAGAUAGCCCAAUCAUUUACGUCCUCUUUUCCAUAUUUUGUUAAAAUAAUCAAAACCUUCAAUGUCAGUGGUUCGUAUACUCUGAAUGUUCCAUAUCAAUUUUCGAUGUCACAUUUUCCAAAUUGCAAGACAAAGAUUAUUCUUUAUAAUUUGAAGGGAGAACACUGGACUGUUAAUUCUGUUCCAACAACUAGAGUGCAUACAAGUCACACUCUAUGUGGAGGAUGGAUGGCUUUUGUUCGUGGCAAUAGCAUAAAAGUUGGAGAUGUCUGCAUUUUCGAACUUAUACGUGAGUGUGAAUUACGUGUUCGCAUUGCUGAGGUUGGAAAAGAUGGGUUAGACUGCCAGGUUGGAAAACUAGCUUGUAGUAUGCUUAGUGAACGACAUGAUGUUGCUAGCCAUAAUACUUCCAGAUAUAUGCCAAAGAAACCUAAAGUUAGCUCAAAGUGCAGAACGAAGGUUGAUCUAUCAGAUAAAAAGUUGUCAAAGAUUGGUCAAGAACCUGUUUUAGCCAUUGAAUUCAAGAAGUCAGGUAGAGCUUCAACUACUUCGAAGAAGAUGGGGCUUUCCCCCAAGUCAAAAGCUUCCCAUAAAAAGACGGCUGUACCGAGGAAACAUCGUGUUGAAGAUGAACUAAGUUCCCAGGCUAAAGCUGGUUUGAGAAUGUUGUUUGCACUCGACGAACAAAGAGUAGCUGAAGCUUUUACUUCCCCAUUUCCUAAUUUUGUGAAAAUCAUGAAGAAGUUCAAUGUCAGUGGAUCAUACACUUUGAAAAUCCCUUAUCAGUUCUCUGCUGCACAUCUCCCCGCCUACAAAACAGAAGUUACGCUUCGCAAUUCAAGAGGCCAGUGUUGGAUUGUAAACUCCGUUCCAGAUGCAAAAGGAAGAACAAUUCACACCUUUUGUGGGGGAUGGAUAGCCUUUGUUCGUGAUAAUGACAUCAAUUUUGGUGAUACUUGCAUUUUCGAGCUCGUUUCUCAUUAUGUGAUGCAGGUUCAUAUAUCCGGGGUUGGAAAGGAAGGUCUUGACCAUCAAAUUGGGCAUGCGAAACUUAAUAACAUGUAGCUAGCUACUGUUCCAUCUACUUGCUAACGUUCUUGUUUGUGAGACAGAUCAAUCAAUCUCAAAUGGAAUUUUUUUGUGGUAAGAGUCGCAAAAGACUUGUGCAUUUUAUGCAUGUCAGUAAAUUUAUGUUGUCUCCACAUCCCAAUUAAUUGUAUCAUCACUAAUCAAGAUGGUAGAAUGUAUUAAUUAUCUACUAAGCCACUGCUUUUAGAUCUUAUCAUUGUAAAUUUGUGAUUGUCUAUAACCUUCAGCAGGCUCGUGAAAUGUUGGUCUAGUAGAGGUAAAACUACAUUUUGAUUUUUGUCUCA